GGCUUCUCACUCUCAUUUCACCAUGGAGUUGGUUCACCUGCUCACGAUUCUAGUAGUUUUUGCUUGGAAAUCCGAAAUAGUUUCGACACGAAAUGCGGUUCAUACAGUGCGGCAUGAUAUCGCAUUCGUGCACACCUUUGAUACCAGAGAGAUGUGUAUGUCACGAUGUCGCACCGGCUGCACUCAACAGCACUCCGAAGACCUGAUGAUGCCACGUUGGCACUGUCCGUUGCAGGAAGAAGAUGACAAUGAUGUGGAAGAGGAGGAGAAGACAUCGUUGGGUGGCAAGAUGCUCAUCAUUGUUCCCUGUGUCAUAUUUGGAUCACUCCUUUUCUUAUUCUUUUGUGUUUCUGCAAUGCAGCGAUUUUGUCGGAAUGAUUAUUGAUUUUUGAAAAACGUUGCAAAUCUCAAAAUUUUCUCUUUCAUUUCAAUAAGUGAUAUUUUGAUAUCUAACUUUUUAAACCACAUGUUUCAUGUGAUUCAUAAAAUUCCCCCGGCUACAUUUUCUGUCAUUGAGUAAAACAAAGCAUUACCUAUAAAAAAUUCAAAAAUUAGCUGAAAAGCAUGAUGCCCUUUUUCAAGUGCAUCUGCCAAUUUGAAACAUCUCUUAAAACAAGUAGACUAACUUUUUUUUUCCAAAAAGUUCAUUCUGUUAUCAAAUGUUAUUAUCGUUUCAAUCUUGUUGCAUCAACAAGUUGUCCUCUAAUUGUAAGUCUACCCCUUUACGCUUUUCAAUCAUUAAAAUAUGUUCACAGUUGUGAUGUUCCUAUGGGUUCCGGUGAUUUCCUCAUCUACUUCUUUUUUUUCUUAUAUUUUCAGUUGAAACAGUAUUUGUUCAAUAAACUUACC